AUGGUCCUCUCGCAGCCCGAAAAUAAACAUGUUAUGAAAGCCUUUGACCUUACAGGAAAGGUGGCAGUGGUGACAGGUGGCGCCCGUGGAAUUGGCCUUGAAGUAUCUCGCGCUUUAGCAGAAGCUGGCGCUAAUAUUGCUAUCAUAUAUAACUCGUCAAACACAGCCGCGAAUUCAGCUGCAGAAAUUGCUUCUGCCAAUAACGUGAGAGCAGCGGCGUAUCAAGCAAAUGUUGUGAACCAGGCAGAGAUCGAGACUACUAUCCAACAGAUUACAAAGGACUUUGGAAGAUUGGAUAUUUUGGUCGCUAACUCGGGCAUUACAUCGUGCAUCGCUGCCGAAGAUUACACUCCCAGCCAAUGGAGUGACAUCAUGAAAGUGAAUCUUGAUGGUGCCUUCUAUUCCGCACAGGCCGCCGCACGCAUCUUCAAGCAACAAGGUCAUGGCAAUGUCAUCUUCACAGCUUCCGUCAGCGCAACCUUGGUGAAUGUGCCUCAGAAACAAGCAGCAUAUAACGCAUCCAAAGCUGGCGUCGUUCAGAUGGCCAAAUGUUUAUCUGUUGAGUGGGUGGACUUUUGCCGUGUCAACUGCAUCUCGCCAGGGUUCAUUGCAACUGAUAUUCUGGACAUUCAUCCCCAAGAGUGGCGAGCGAAGUGGAAUAGCAUGAUUCCUGCUCAACGAAUGGCGCAAGCGUAUGAGCUGAAGGGAGCCUACGUUUAUUGUGCCUCUGAUGCAUCCAGCUACAUGACUGGUGCCAAUAUUGUGAUUGAUGGGGGGUAUACACUACCAUAA